AUGGCCCUAGCAAACCUCGCAGACGACGACUCAACUCUUCACUAUCAUGUGACAUCAAGGGGAAAUGGCCACCGCCAUCCUAAUUUCAUCCAGCUCUGGAAAACCGGACCAGAUCAAGUAGGUGAAUUCUACGAUCAGACGCUCCUUACAUUGGCGAAAAACAUCCUCGAAAUGAUCCUAUGUAUGGCAUUUCGGUCUCUGCCUCCUACAGUACUGCAAGAGUACUUCGAGCUAUUAAAUGUUCAACAUUCUACAAUGCUAGGGUUGAACAUCGUGCCACCGCUAUACCAGACAGUCUCAUUAGGCCAAGAGGUACGGCGGAGCUUUAUGAUACUUUGUGAGGAGUCAGUGGACUCUGAUAUUAAAGAAUGGCCUACUGUUCGCUCCAGUCAACAAAAGAAGCGCUGGGAUCCAGCCAAGACACCUCGUGUCCUUACCUCAGAGAACUACGUGGAGGCUAUGAAAGAAGCAGCAGAAGAGAACCACCAUCUUCGCAGACUGAAGAUCCCCGUUCAAGGAACUCCACCUGGCCGAAAGAGUGGCAAUUUUGAGGAAUGGUUCGCCAGGCUCUGCGACGGCCUCGAAAACAUGCUUUCAGAUAAUGUACCUCGACAAAUUCCCUUUGGCUCGUUAGAGGCUAAGAUUGGAGUGAUAUUCGACCAGGUUUUCAGAAAGGAGACAAUGGAUGAAACAACAGGUUUACCAUACGGGAUCAGACGGUCUGGUUUUAAUGAGACAAAUGUCUUAGCUUGGCCAUGGAGUUUCCGUCAAUAUACAAGUGCCGACGCCUGUCGUCCAAUUAGUGCAAUUACUAAAACAGAAGUCGUGCUCCUCAGAAAUUAUACGAAAGACGUGAUUGCACGAAGUUGUCUACAAGUUGUUAUUCUCUGUGGUAAUAAUGCGGCUGGAAUUCUCUUGACGGAGCAUCUGAAGAACUACCGAAUCAAUAUUAAGUUGUCUCACGGUACAAUUGAAGCAUACGUCGAAACACUGGACGGGGUUAAUAUUCAGCGUCUCUAUUUGAAAUGUCCGACAUCAAUGCUGCAUGUGCUUAUUGGUACGGACGAACAAAUAUAUCAUAUCACGCGACUAUUUCACUUUGCCACGAGGUGGACAAAGACUCCUCACAUUAGCCCCUACUUCUUGGACAACUCAAGAGCAAUCAUCAGACUUGUGCGGCUUCGGGGAGCUGAGAAGAAGGGUGCAGCUCCCAUGACCCCUGAUAACAUACACCCAGCAAUUCGGGUCUGGCUCGCAAGAAAAGGCUUCACAGACGAUCAAGCGAUCAAUGACUUGGCAUCAAAAGGGGUUACCCUUGUUCAUGCUUGUUUAAUACUAGCACGUUUUGCCUCUCGAUGCCCAGUCGAAUUCAGGGUCAACACUGAUACGCCAGUCGGCCCAGUUGCAGCCCGAAAGAAGGGCGGGCCGAAACGGAUCGCCUCAGAGCAACAGAUUGAGGAGAUAAAAGAGCUCUAUCGGCGCGUGUCUGCGGACGAAACCGAAGAUGCAAUUGUUGAACCACUUGUAUCAGUAGAGAAUUCCCCGGAAAACCACAAGUCGGCAGCCACUUGGGCAGACAAUUCAACAGGCAUUCGAGCCAAAGAUAAUAGUCCCACAAACCAACUCACAACGCCAAAAAGUGAUCAAGGACCACAUGUCUUGACCACUGAUACGCGCGAUGAAGGGUAUGAAUCUCAAGGUAGUGAAGCAAAUAGUGAAGCCGAAGACAACUAUGGAGCAAACGAGGGAUACGAAAACUUUCAGAUUGGAGGCGUCAAUGUGGAGAAUCUUGAUCAAGCACUUGAAUUGGCCGAAGAGAUCUCUGCAACUGUGGAAGAAUUCACCAUCACGAUCAACAAACAGGGACAAUCUUGCGUUGCUCUAGCCCCUAAACCUAAACCCAAAUCUGGCCAUUCGAUCCGACGGUGGUCAAGUACUGGUCCAUCAAGUGCUCAAGUCAGACGGACUAUAGCCAGUCUUCGCACAGGGCGCGAGUAUCCCGGUCACUGGGUAGUACCUGAAGCCAAAAAGGAGACUGCUCGCAGAACGAAUAAACAACCCAAAACAAAGAAGCCCAAAUUCAUCAUUUUCGUCCACUCAAUGCUCAGAUUAGUUAUAACAGAUGCUCCAAUGGAGGGCCAAAGAGGCAAGGCAUUGGUGGAAUUCGAGUUCGCUGAAGGUCGACAUGACAAAGUAUGGGCAUUGGCGGCUUUAGAUACCGACCCAUGCCGCCGUCUUGCAAUCCGGGUGACACUUUCGUACGAAAAUGGGAACGCCAUCAGCUUCUAUCCUCAAACGCAAUCACAGGGUGCGCCUUAUAAAGCAAACUCGGCUAUGGAUUGGAUGGAUGGAGACAAUGACGAAGUGAUCGCAAGCAGACCACGGCGAUUCGUCUUUAUCCAGAGCCAGACAACUGACGUCCCGGAACACCUUCAAAAAUUCGUGAUGGGCGGCUACACAGACACUCUGGGCCGGUACUUCAAAUCAUUUCCUAGGGGACAGAAAAGAAAAUUGGGCGGGAUGAGCUGA